AUGGCUCCACCUUCAAAGCGUCGGCGCUACAUGCUUGAAGAAAGUGAGACACAGGGCCUCGUGGGUGCACAGGAUCCCUCAGCUGUGGAGGAGGAUUCUUCCUCAUCCUCUUCCACCUGCUCCUCCUCUUUUCCUUCCUCUUUCCCCUCCUCCUCUUCCUCUUCCUCCUCCUGCUAUCCUCUAAUAUCAAGCACCCCAGAGGAGGUUUCUGAUGUUUCUGGGGCACCAAGUCCUUCCCAGAGUCCUCAGGCAGCCUGCAUCUCUCCCACUGGCAUUGCCUCCACCCCAGUAAGCCAAUCUGAUGAGGGUUCCAGCAACCAACAAAAGGAGAGUCCAAGCACCUCACAGGCCCUGCCAGACACUAGGUCCUUGUCCCAAAAUGAGAUAGAUGAAAAGAUAGCUGAUUUGUUGCAGUUCUUUCUCUUCAAGUAUGGAAUGAAAGAACUUAUCACAAAGGCAGAAAUGCUAACCAUUGUCAUCAAAAAUGACAAGGAGUACUUCCCUAUGAUCUUUAGUGAAGCCUCCGAGUGCAUGCAGCUGGUCUUUGGCAUUGAAGUGAAGGAAGUGGACCCCAUUGGCCACUCCUUCAUCCUUGUCACAAACCUGGGCCUCACGUAUGAUGGGAUGCUCAAUGAUGCUGAGAGCAUGCCCAAGACUGGCAUGCUGAUACUUAUCCUGAGCAUAAUCUUCAUGGAGGGCAACUGUGCCCCGGAGGCAGUCAUCUGGGAAACACUAAAUGUGUUAGGGCUGCAUGCUGGGAGGGAGCACUUCAUCUAUGGGGAGCCCCAGAAGCUCCUCACCCAUGAUUGGGUCCAGGAAGGGUACCUGGAGUACCGGCGGGUGCCUGGCAGUGAUCCUGCAUGUUAUGAGUUCCUGUGGGGUCCAAGGGCCCACGCUGAAACCAGCAAGAUGAGUCUCUUGAAGUUUUUGGCCAAGAUCAAUGGGAGUGAUCCUAGAUCCUUCCCACUGUGGUAUGAGGAGGCUUUGAGAGAUGAGGAAGAGAGAGCCUGGGCCAGAAUUGCCCCCACAGAUGAUACUACUGCCAUGGCCAGUGCAAGUUCUAGUGCCGCCAGCAGCUUCUCCUACCCCAAGUAAAGUCAGGCAGAUUCUUCACUGUAUUUUAAGAGGGAAGUCAAAUGUCGCAUGAUCUCACUCAUAUGUAGAACCUAA